AUGGCAGAAUCAUUGCCUCAGCCUUCAAAUGCGCCCUCGCGGUCAUUUCGCUCUUUCAUCUGGGACACGGAUACGCACCUGAAGAGUCAUGAGGAGCGUGUAUUGCUUCGCAAGUUGGAUUGGUCAAUCUUGACCAUAGGAUGCUUAGGCUUCUUCAUGAAGUAUCUCGACCAGGGAAACCUCGCAAACGCCUACGUCUCAGGAAUGCAGGAGGACCUCAAGAUGUUUGCCAAUGAGUAUACGUAUGCUCAAAUGGUUUACACCUGCGCCUAUGCUGUGAUGCAAAUUCCAAGUACUUUGAUUGUUCAGAAGAUUAGGCCGAGCAUCUGGUUGGCCGCAAUGGAAGUCGGAUGGGUAUGUCUUGCCCCUCUCGAGAGAUCUCAAGCACGCAUGCAUGCUGACACUAUCGUUCUUCAGGGUAUCUUUACAUUUGCCCAGGCAGGGACGCAGAACGUUGGCCAGCUCUACGCAUUUCGCUUCCUUGUCGGAUUCUUUGAAAGCUCUUUCUUUCCUGUCUUACUUUAUGUACUUGGAAGUUGGUACACCAAGACUGAGCUUGCAAAGAGAGUCGCCAUAUUUCAUAUGACCGCUCCUCUGGGAUCGGCUUUUGGUGGAUACCUGCAAGCAGCAGUUUACAAGAGCCUCGACGGUGCUCAUGGCCAUGCAGGGUGGCGAUGGUUGUACAUCGUCUGCGGGUGCAUGACGAUUCCCGUCGGCGUUGCGACCCUAUUCGUCUUACCGGACACACCGUACACGACCAAGUCGAAGUUUCUGACCGCCAAAGAAUGCGAGCUAGCCAUUGAUCGAGUCACGAAGGCUGGUAAAGCGGCACCUGCAGGAGUCACCUUGGCUACUUUCAAAAGAGUCCUUUUGAAGUGGAGGUGGUACGCUUUUGUCUUGGGCUACGUCCUCUACGGUGAAUCUUGCCAAUCGGGUGGAUAUUUCGCCAUCUGGCUCAAGGCAGAGAAAUUUUCGGUUGUAGACAGGAAUGUCAUCCCAACCGGCUCAAAGCUCAUCAGUGCUUUCUGUAUCAUUCUCUGGGGGUUCCUGUCGGACUACACGGGAAGCCGCUUUGCAUUGAUCAUCUGCCCAUUGGUACGCCACGAUCCCAAAGAUCAAGAACUUCCCUGCAGCAUGAUUGAGUCUGACAUCCUCGUAGGUGCUGGCCUUGAUCCCAAACGGCAUCUUGGCUUUUUGGCCGCCAAGCGUGCAGCUGAAGUUGUUUGCUUUCCUGACGAGCAGUGUGCAUCUCAUGACGGCGGUUUUCCAUUUUUCAGCUACACUUGGGCGAAUGAAAUAUGUGCCGGCGACAAUGAGGAGCGCGCUUUGGUCAUCAGUAGUAUGAAUGGAAUGCAAUAUGCCGUCGACGCAUGGCUUCCCCUUGUCAUUUUCCCGCAAACCAUGGCUCCAACCUUUAGAUACGGGUUUCCUGCAACGUUUGGUUUCAUAAUCGCCGCAAUCAUUGCAGUGGUUGGUAUCCGCCUUCUAGUCUUCCGAGAACAGAAACGAGGAUCUCAGGAUGGAGAGACAACUUUGGAAUCUGGACAAGUGGAAUUCCAUCCUGAAAGAAAUGAAAGCAUUGGGGAAAUUGACAAAACCGACAAGAAAUAG